AUGGCCCGGGGUUCUGAAAGAAUAGAAGUAAGCUGGACAUCAUCUGCUUCAAUCUUUGAAGAAGAAGCCAUGGCCAUAUUCAGAGUCGAAGAUAAACUCAGAAAAUACAAUAUUUACCUGUACUUUCACUCCAAAAUGUUUGAGAAGGACCAGACUGGAUAUGAGAACUGCUGGACAAACUGGGAGAGUGGUGCCAUGGUACUGGACCUGAGCCUGCUAUUGGGUUCCAAGUUUUCAAAGAAAGAUCUUUCAUUCUUUCGGGAACUGAAGGAAGAAAGUGCGAAGGUGGCGGCCACGCCGGAUUUGGGGUCUGAAAUAAAAGGUAAAGAAUCUGACUGCUUAUGCAAGAGUACAACACUGAAUGGGCUCGACAGCAUACAGUUAGAUAUGUUCACCAUCUAUUCCAAGACAUUUUGGAACAUAAAAAAUAAAGCAAAAGGGAAGAUGUGA